AUGGUAGCUAAUCAGCUUCUAAUUUCAACUUUGGCAAUAAAACCUGGAAGCUGAUUGGUUUCUAUGCAGAGCUGCACCAGAUUUUGCACUCUCCAGUUUUAGUAAAUAGCCCCAAUUUGUCAUUUUAACCUCCCUAGCGGUAUUCCCGAGUGUAGCUCGGGGUAAAAUGUCAGUACCAAAAGCGGUAACCCCGAGCUACACUCGGGCUUACCAUGCGGCGAUGCAUAGGGAUUCCCUGCAGAGCUUACCUUGUCCUGCGUUCUCGCGAUGUGUCCCCUGCAGCAAACCCGGCAAUCUCCUAGGCCGAUGCCGGCAUCCGGCUUCUGUGUUCCGGUCCCUGUGACGUCAGGACGUACGAGCGCCGGCGGGAAAUUUGAAAAUUUUAAAAA